AGGUUUGGCUCAAUCGACAUCUAUAAAUGAACGCAAAAUUUAUUAUUUGAACACAGUAUUUUCACCAGCUGUAGAAAAACAAGAUGAAUCCACAAAAAUGUUGUUGUCACAAUAAACUUCCAUCACCACCAGGUUAUUACUGGCGAGAUUAUACCGGCGAAAUACCUGAAGACGCAUUCCCAGCUGGACUUGAUGCAAACACCAAACCCACCUAUAUUGGUCAAGCAUACUUGGCAGGCGUGGGUCUUAUAGUGACCAAUGUUUACCCAGGUCAAACCACAAUGAACUUACCUUAUUAUCAAGUGCACCCGUCUGACGUCGGCAUGAAAAUACUUUGUAGUUCAAACCCGAAUUCUCUUUUUUGGGAAAACGUCACUAAUAGGGAACUACCUUCGACUACAGCUGGCAAAGAAGUAAUCAUCGGGGGUUACCAAACGAAUGUUUAUAGAAUGAUCCUCAACAUUGGACGAGUGCUGUUCCAAGGAGAACUAAUCGUGGGAAAAGUGACCGGGAAUCAUCCAACAGAGAAUAAGGCGGGACAGGGAAUACUGUACUUUGUUGCUGGUGGCCAAGAAAAUUCUGUUAAUUCCUAUCAAGUUUUGUUGUAUGAUUCCUCCAAAUAAAUUGUAUCACUUGUAACAUAAAUACGAAUACAUUGACAUACAAAAGUGAAAUUAAAA